AUCUAUUUCUUCCAUGGUUGUCCCAAAUAAUAUUCCAUCCACCUUCUUGGCCGCCAGCUGGCAGAAGCAUGGCUCUAUCGAUUUGAUUAAGAAAGAUAUGCCCUCCAUCAAACCUGGUUACAUUCUUGUCAAGGUUGCCGCAUCUGGUUUAUGUGGUAAGUCAUGCAAACUGAAAGUUGACACUACUACUAGGGUGACCUUUAUACUCACGGUUGGUUAGGCACCGAUAUGCACAUUUGUCACGGAGAAACUCCACACGCUGCAAACAAGGUGGUGAUAGGCCAUGAGCUUUCAGGCUAUGUUCACGCUAUUGCUGAAGGCACUGUCACUGAUUUGAAGGUUGGCUCUUUGGUGGUAGUUGAUCCCAAUAUCCCCUGCCACGCUUGCACAUACUGCCACAGUGCCAAACCUCAUCUUUGCACUUCUCCACAAAACAUCGGCGUCACAACAGACGGUGGUAUGGCGCAAUACGUCCCUGUCCCCGUCUCAGCGGCUUAUCUGGUUCCCGACACUGUCUCGCCAGAGACGGCUUGCUUGGCCGAGCCUCUUUCUUGCGUGAUACAUGCUGUGGAUAUGGGUAACAUCAAGAGCGGAGACAAGGUUGCUAUCUUAGGCGCAGGUCCUAUUGGUAUCAUGGCCCUUUGUUUGGCGCUUAGCAGCGGCGCGCGCGUUACGAUGGUCGACCCCAAUGAGAGCCGAAGAAAGCAAGCCAAGGAGAUAUUUGGAGCAUAUGAAUCACUUCAUCCCGAUGAGACCAAGGACAUGUCUGCUUGUUUUGAUGUUGUGUUUGAAUGCGUUGGUCGACCGCAAACCAUGGAGCAGGCCGUUGAACUUGGCAAGGCUGGAAGCACCAUUGUCUGGGUCGGAGUCGCCAGAACGGACGCCCGCGUCACUAUUUCGCCGUUCGAAGUAUAUCGUCGAGAGCUCACCAUCCGAUCAUCUUACACCAACCAUUUCAGCAUGGAGAGAGCCGUUAAUAUCUUGGCCAACGAGCAAUCACCAUGGUCCAAGAUCAUCACACAUACUUAUUCACUGGAGGAGUUUGAUCAAGCAUGGGAUACUUUCAAGUCUGCUGUAGGAAUGAAGGUCUGCGUGAAGCCAUAAGGGAUGGCCCUUCACCUGCACAUUUCUUAUUUUCCACUAGCAGUUGUGAAUGGCAACAACUUUCAACAUGAGUCAUGCCUCUCCUAGCAGCUGCUUUAUUGCCACCUUCAGCUCAAAAUUUUGUUCUGUUUAUUUUUGUACAUUUGAUAUCCAGGUUUAUCUCCAAUAAAAUAAAGUGUAUAAAAAAUGAGUAGGUCUUUCGCAGAGUUGCAAAGCGCUGCACAGAAGCGUUGUGAAGAAUAACUACCGACAUCUUUGGUUGCCUUUUAAGGUGAGUAGGUGUUUGAUUUUCAAGGUCCAGAGCCCCGCUUCCCCACACCAAGGCUGAAGCAACGAAGGCCAGGAAGG